UGAUGAUCACGUGAUAGCUCAUGUGACAGCUGCAUGAUGGGAAACCGGCUCCACCUGAAGGAUCACAACAAAAAGUGAAACCCCCUCGUCUAUCACAGCUGCCAGCAGUGGAACACUUUUACAUGACCUGAGGCUGGUUAACCAGCCUGAAGACAUCAAGUAGCACCCAGCCAGGCUGCCCUUUAGUAACCAUGCUGGCUGUAGUGGUCCUCUUCGUGGCUGUAGCGUCCCAGACGGCUGCUGCUCGGUACACCGCGGACUGGACCAGUCUGGACGCCAGACCGCUGCCUACAUGGUACGACGAGGCUAAGGUGGGAGUCUUCAUCCACUGGGGGGUGUUUUCUGUCCCCGGGUUCGGCAGUGAGUGGUUCUGGUGGCACUGGCAGGGCCAGCAGCCUCCGGACCAGAAGUGUGUGAACUACAUGUCACAGAACUACCCGCCCGGGUUCAGCUACCCGCAGUUUGCUCCUCAGUUUCACGCUCAGUUCUUCAACCCGGAGGACUGGGCGGACAUCUUCAAGGCUGCUGGUGCAAAAUAUGUGGUCCUGACUGCCAAACACCACGAAGGGUUCACUAACUGGGGCUCUCCAAACUCCUGGAACUGGAACUCAGUGGAUACUGGUCCUCACAGGGACCUGGUGGGAGACCUGGGGGAGGCAGUGCGCAACAGGUCACUGCACUAUGGACUCUACAACUCUUUGUAUGAGUGGUUCCACCCUCUCUACCUGAUUGACAAGAAGAAUGGAUUCAAAACACAGGAGUUUGUGAUGCAGAAACUACUACCAGAGCUUUAUAACAUGGUUGUAAGGUACAGACCUGAGUUGAUCUGGUCUGAUGGGGACUGGGAAGCACCUGACACCUACUGGAACUCCACCCAGUUUCUGGCCUGGCUCUACAACGACAGCCCCGUCAAAGAUACCAUUGUGACCAAUGACAGAUGGGGAGCUGGCUGUGCCUGUAAACACGGCGGCUACUAUAACUGUGAAGACAAAUACACUCCAGGCCAGCUGCCCAAGCACAAAUGGGAGAAAUGCACAUCUGUGGACACGUCUUCCUGGGGUUACCGUCGAAACAUGAAGAUGAGCGAGCUGAUGGACUUACCCACUAUCAUAGAGGAUCUGGUUCGCACUGUGGCUCUGGGAGGCAACUACCUUCUGAAUGUGGGUCCCACACCAGACGGGAUGAUCCCCGCAGUGUUUGAGGAGAGACUCAGGGGUGUUGGAGCCUGGCUAAAGAUGAACGGGGAGGCCAUCUACGCCUCCACACCCUGGAGGGUCCAGAACGAGAACACCACUGUACCAGUCUGGUUUACAGCUAAAGGAAACGCUGUCUACGCCAUCAUGACAUCCAAACCCCCCAAGCUCACAUUGCAACUGUUGGGACCCAAAACAACAAAAUCCACUAAGGUGACCUUGUUGGGGAAUCCAAAUCCCCUACCCUGGGCCCCAGUCCAGCCCAACGCUGGCCUUACUGUCCUUCUGCCUGAGCUGCCCUAUUCCCCCGGUCAGGCCUGGACACUCAAACUGGACGGCGUCCAGUGAGCCUUAAACCCCCGAAGUGUUCAACCCCCACAAGGUUGAAUAUUAAGAAUGUAUUCAUCUCAGGUUGUUUUGUGGGAUAAGGGGAAACUUGUGCAUUAUAGUUAAAGGGACAGUGCUUGUGUAAUGAUUUAGUGUUUUUGCCAAAAUGAAAGAAUGGGAGACUAUUCAAUGAUUCCUUUGCAGCUCUGAAAGAUUUAAUGUGUCACUGCCUCUUAAUUGUGCUCUUUUUUUUUAAUGAAUGAACCUGGCAGCUUCUCAACUGUCUAAUUGCUGUUUCAGAAACAAUUCAUUUUUUUAAAGGGUUUGUUGGAAACUGAACAAUUUACAUACAAAGCACUUUUUUCUUACUCUAUUAUCUAUCUAUGAUCUAUCUUUAAAAUGGCUAAAUAAAAGAUGAUUUGAUUUUUCUGAUGAA